CUCCGAUCAGGGGAGAGAGUCUAGUCUUUGGUGAGACUGAGGGGGAGUUACAGAGAGAAAGGGACCUGGGGUGCUCUUCAGAGAACGGAAUCUGCAUGCAUGGUGAUCUCUGGCUCUGCAGGAGAUCCUCAGUCACCAUGACAGACUAGGAACUCAGCUCUCCGAGGGAAAUGGCUUUUUUUUGUAAUAUCCCUUCCUUAAUACCUGCCGUAUGAGUCCAGCUGCCUCUAAAGGGCCUGUCAGCUGUUUAUGGGAACUACCAUUGGGUUUGCACUCUUGAGGAAUUAAGCUAGGACAACACUUUUUUGCCCCACUGUCAAGCAACGCUGUGCAAGAGUGGGGAGGUGGUGAGACGAUGGCGAACAACUCGUACAGUGGGGUGAAGAACUCCAUGAUGGAAGCCAACCACGAUGGAGAGUUUGGCUGCACACUCAAAGAACUGCGCUCCUUAAUGGAACUGAGAGGUGCCGAGGCAAUAAGCAAAAUUGGAGAAAGUUACGGCGAUGUUCAAGGACUCUGCAACCGGUUAAAAACAUCACCUACUGAUGGUCUAAGCGGGCAGCCGACAGACAUUGAGAAGCGGAAAACAGUGUUUGGGCAAAAUUUUAUACCGCCCAAAAAACCCAAAACUUUCUUACAAUUAGUGUGGGAGGCACUUCAGGAUGUCACACUGAUUAUCCUAGAAGUAGCAGCCGUAGUUUCACUAGGCCUUUCUUUUUAUAAACCUCCAGAUGCCGAAAGAGAUCACUGUGGAAAGGCUGCUGGUGGUGUGGAGGAUGAAAAUGAAGCAGAAGCAGGCUGGAUUGAGGGUGCUGCUAUCCUCCUUUCAGUUAUCUGUGUUGUGCUGGUGACAGCUUUCAAUGAUUGGAGUAAAGAGAAGCAAUUUAGAGGCCUCCAGAGCCGCAUUGAACAGGAACAGAAAUUUACUGUUGUCCGUGGAGGACAAGUCAUUCAGAUUCCUGUGGCUGAGAUCGUGGUUGGAGACAUUGCACAAGUAAAAUAUGGUGACCUUUUGCCUGCUGACGGAGUUCUCAUCCAAGGGAACGAUCUGAAGAUCGAUGAGAGCUCACUUACAGGGGAGUCGGACCAUGUCAAGAAAACACAAGAAAAAGAUCCAAUGCUGUUAUCAGGCACCCAUGUAAUGGAAGGCUCAGGGAAAAUGGUGGUAACUGCCGUGGGUGUCAACUCUCAAACUGGAAUUAUCUUCACUUUACUUGGUAGCGGUGAUGAUGAAGAUGAUGAAGAGGAGGAAAAGAAAAAGGAAAAGGAGGAGAAGAAGAAACAGAAAAAAAACAAAAAGCAGGACGGAUCUGUGGAAAAUCGCAAGAAAGCUAAAGCACAGGAUGGGGCUGCAAUGGAAAUGCAACCUCUGAACAGUGAUGAGGGAGCUGAUGCAGAGGAGAAAAAGAAAGCCAACCUGCCAAAGAAAGAGAAAUCAGUUCUCCAGGGCAAACUGACCAAACUAGCUGUACAGAUUGGCAAAGCAGGGUUGGUUAUGUCAGCCAUCACUGUUAUUAUCCUUGUGGUGCUGUUUGUAGUAGACACUUUCUGGAUACAGAAUUUACCCUGGAUUAAGGACUGCACGCCUAUUUACAUUCAGUUUUUUGUGAAAUUCUUCAUCAUUGGCGUAACUGUUCUGGUGGUGGCUGUUCCUGAGGGCCUGCCACUUGCUGUUACCAUCUCACUGGCGUACUCCGUUAAGAAAAUGAUGAAAGACAACAACCUGGUGCGGCACUUGGAUGCCUGUGAGACCAUGGGCAAUGCAACUGCAAUCUGCUCUGACAAAACUGGUACGCUCACCAUGAACCGGAUGACAGUGGUGCAAGCAUACGUCGCUGAAAAACACUUCAAGAAGGUCCCUGAACCAGAGAAUAUCCCUUCUUCCACCUUAGAUGUCCUCAUUCUUGGCAUUGCAGUCAACUGCGCCUACACCACCAAAAUUAUGCCUCCAGAAAAAGAGGGAGGCCUGCCACGGCAGGUGGGUAACAAGACCGAAUGUGCCUUGCUUGGCUUUUCUAAUGAUCUGAAGCGUGACUACCAGAAUAUUCGCAACGAAAUCCCAGAGGAGAAACUUUACAAGGUCUACACCUUCAACUCGGUCCGCAAGUCUAUGAGCACUGUGUUGAAGAUGGCUGAUGGCAGCUACCGUAUGUUCAGCAAAGGGGCCUCAGAAAUUCUCCUAAAAAAGUGUUAUAAAAUCCUGACAGCAAACGGUGAGCCAAAGGUGUUUCGCCCCCGUGAUCGAGAUGACAUGGUUAAGAAGGUGAUCGAACCCAUGGCCUCAGAGGGCCUAAGAACCAUCUGCCUUGCAUACAGAGACUUCCCUGUUUCUGAGGGUGAGCCUGACUGGGAUAGUGAGACUGACAUUCUCACUGGACUGACAUGCAUCUGUGUGGUGGGCAUUGAAGACCCUGUGAGGCCUGAGGUCCCAGAUGCUAUCAGGAAAUGCCAGCGUGCAGGCAUCACAGUGCGAAUGGUGACUGGGGACAACAUUAACACAGCUCGAGCCAUUGCUACCAAGUGUGGCAUCCUGCAGCCUGGAGAUGACUUCCUUUGUCUGGAAGGCAAAGAGUUCAACCGCAGGAUACGCAAUGAAAAAGGAGAGAUUGAACAGGAACGCAUUGACAAGAUCUGGCCCAAACUACGAGUGCUGGCUCGCUCUUCCCCAACAGACAAACACACUUUAGUCAAAGGCAUUAUUGACAGCACGGUGGCAGAACAAAGACAAGUAGUAGCAGUAACAGGAGAUGGUACAAAUGAUGGUCCUGCCUUGAAGAAAGCUGAUGUUGGCUUUGCAAUGGGUAUUGCUGGUACAGAUGUAGCCAAGGAAGCAUCUGACAUUAUCCUUACUGAUGACAACUUUUCCAGCAUCGUCAAAGCCGUCAUGUGGGGACGCAAUGUCUAUGACAGCAUCUCCAAGUUCCUCCAGUUUCAGCUAACGGUCAAUGUGGUGGCUGUCAUUGUAGCAUUUACAGGAGCCUGCAUCACACAGGACUCUCCACUGAAAGCAGUACAGAUGUUAUGGGUCAACUUGAUCAUGGACACAUUUGCCUCACUAGCUCUGGCCACAGAACCCCCCACAGAAGCCCUGCUGCUAAGGAAGCCAUAUGGCCGCAACAAGCCUCUCAUUUCUCGCACCAUGAUGAAGAACAUCCUGGGCCAGGGUGUGUUUCAACUUAUCAUCAUAUUUACACUGCUCUUUGCUGGAGAAAAAUUGUUUGAUAUUGACAGUGGCAGGGAUGCGCCCCUCCAUGCACCGCCUUCUGAACACUACACCAUUGUCUUCAACACUUUUGUAUUGAUGCAGCUUUUCAAUGAAAUCAAUGCCCGCAAGAUCCAUGGUGAAAGGAAUGUCUUUGAAGGAAUCUUCAACAACCUUAUCUUCUGUAGUAUAGUCUUUGGUACCUUCAUUAUCCAGAUUGUCAUUGUGCAGUUUGGAGGGAAGCCUUUCAGCUGUGUUGCUCUGAGCAUUGACCAGUGGCUGUGGUGCACUUUCCUAGGCUUCGGCUCUCUACUAUGGGGACAGGUAAUUUCCACGAUACCCACCAGUCGCUUAAAGUUCUUGAAAACGGCAGGCCAUGGAACACAGAAAGAGGAGAUCCCAGAUGAGGAGCUGGAGGAGCUGGAGGACAUGGAUGAGAUUGACCAUGCUGAACGGGAGCUUCGCCGAGGCCAGAUCCUUUGGUUCCGAGGCCUCAAUCGCAUCCAGACUCAGAUCCGGGUGGUGAAUGCAUUCCGCAGCUCCAUCUCCCUCUAUGAGGGGCUGGAGAAGCCUGAGUCGCGAACAUCAAUCCACAACUUCAUGACCCACCCAGAAUUUCGGAUAGAGGACUCUGAGCCCCAUAUUCCUCUCAUAGACGACACCGAUGCCGAAGACGACGCUCCCACCAAACGCAAUUCUGCCAGCCCCCGCAAUGCAACGCCUACGCCGCCAUCACCCUCACCUUCACCCGCUACCGCUGCCCCCACCACGCCGGUCUCUCCCUCCCCAAACCAGAACAAUAAUGCUGUGGAAAGCAGUAAUCACCUCCUCCCAGAGGGCACCAAAUCAGGAACCCCCUCAGCCCCGGGAAGCCCCCUACACAGCCUGGAGACCUCCCUUUGAUCUGACCCUGCUCCACACAUUACCACCUCUUUUCUACCUGCCACCAAGGAGCUCAACUCAGACAAAAGAAAGAACACUUUGAGAGGAGAGAUGAAGGGCUAGCGGGAGAGCGGAGUCUUCUGUGAGCUUAGCUUGGGCUGGACUUAAAGAACAGCAGACAUUCAGAAGAAUGUAUGGCUUGGUGUGGAUGCUUUGGUCUUCUUUUAUUUUUGGUUCUUCUUAAUACCCCGUUGCAACACAAGGACUCCGUCUCCACCCCUCUCUCCUUGGUAACUUUUGUUUUUCUCGGUAAACAAGGGGUGAUUAUAAACUCAGAUUGAAAGUGACCUGUUUUUAUUAUUCUAUUAUUAAUAUUAAUAUUAUUAUUAUUAUUAUUAUUAUUAUUAAUUGAGAAGGGGAGGUCUUCCUCCUGGCUUGAAGAUCUUCUGUAAGAAUUAUGAAAGAACCUUUAGCUUCUCUUUUAUCUGAAUGGUGUUGUAUAUUUAUCUCUUUGGCCCUUGCUCAUUCAAAACUUAUUUCUGCUCCAUUGGCUGUUAAUAUUUUGAGUUAUUUAUGUUUUUGGAAAAAGCAGGUCUGUUUACAAAGUUUGUAGAUACUUUUUUUCUGUUUGUAGGCAAAAGAGCUUCCUGAUGUAUGAUGCAGAAAACUGGGACAGAAUAAAAAAUGAAUGAGAGGAUUAUUUCAGAUACUGCUGUAUUUUCAGGAAAAAAGGGUGUUUCUAUUGAAACUUAACUAUUUUUGCCUGCAAGUUUUAUUUGUUAUAUAUUUGUAGAUAAAUAUAGAACCUUCUAGCCAAACCGAUAAACACUAAGGCUUGUAUAGAAAAGAGGUCCAUCAGGUGCGGUGUUUUCACAGGAGAGAGGACAGGAAAGACAACUAGGGCCUCUGUCCACUAACUAACUUGCUAUAAAUAUUUACUUCUUCCAUUUCUUCAAUAGUUUUCAUGUGCACAAAACCUUCUGGAGUUCUGGAUUCUCUUUUCAUUCGUUAAGUUGUGUUCAAGGAUUUCCACAUGUUGAAAGGUUCACUCAUUAAAGGGAGUUUAGAAUAUGCCCAGGCCUGUAUUUAGCAAGCAUCUCAGAACGGCUCCUAGUUACGUUGACAGUUUGGAUCAUUAGUUUAUAGUCUUACCUCAGUGGAAUCGCACGUGAAGUUCUUAUGAAGCCUCUAAACCGUCACUUUGAGCGGGAAGUAAAAGUUCUUUUCACCCAAUAAUUUCACAAUACUUGUGACUAUAGAGAAAAAAAUGUCUUGUGGUGGAUAAUUUGAUGUGGGUUUAGUGACACUAGUGGGUGUAUGACAAGUUAACAAAUGCACGUUAAGGCUAAAAAUGUUGUUUUUUGCCAAAACUCAUAAAAGCACUAAAACAACCAACACAAAAAAAACACAGUUCACCAGCUUUCCAAACAGCUUACAAAACUUAAGUUCAGUCCAGCGCUGUAUUUUGAGCUACUUACCCAGUGCGCCUAUUUAUUUUUUAAUAAGAGGUUUAUAUAGACUAAACAUGAAUGUGCCUUGGCCACAAAAACAUUUUACACCAUACUUUGUCCUGUCAACUGGCAGGAGCUCCUCAUGAAUAAGGACAGCUUCCUCAGGCUUAGAACAAUGUUACUUGUAUGGCUAAAAGUCCAUCCAAAUAGCCUCACACUGAAAGUUCUGGGCAAGUUGGGACUGAUUUUCUCUUUCUGUGGAUGCUUGAUAAAUAUGGACCCAGGUUUGUAUUUUUAUUUUUUUUUUUAAUUGGUGCAUUUUGUUGAAUUUUGUUUUUCCCAGCAAAUCUUUUAGUCCCCUGCCAAUGCAUGAUAUUAAUGUUUGUUUACUCAGGCAUAGAAGAAAAAAAGUGUUGAAUUUAAAAGGAAGAGAACACCUUUUAACUUACAACUUUCUAUUUAGAUAGAAAACACUGUCUUGGUCAAAAGAAAAUAAAUUAUUUUCAUAUUUUAUUCAUCUAUAAGAUCAUGCUUUAGGAAAACUUAAUUUUAAUUUUACUCCUCUGAGUUCUGGUUCGUUGACGUUUCAAAAAUCAAAAAUGAGGAGAAAAAAAGGCUUAUUUUUCUCCAGCCCUGUCCAUAAGACUCCUUUCAUCAUAAAUGUUGCUGCAUUUGAUUUGUUUGUAAAAUAUUUUUGACACCUGAUGUACUGGAAACACUAAAGAAUUGGACAUGUGCAUUUUUCAAGAAUAAAGACUAGGCAUACACUGGUAUCUAUCUGCACAGGGUACUUUAUUUCAUAGCGUUCCUUGGGGAAAAGCAUUUUGAUACAAAGCAUACAGAACCUUUGUAUUUUUAUGACAAUACUGAAAUACCUUUCAUCAAACUAAACCAAUUUUGGAUGAUUUGACACCAAUCUCGUUAUAUGGGGAGGGUUUUGGCCACUAAAAUGUUUGUUGUUCUGGAAUAUUCAUCUCAGGGUGCAAAUGGUGUGAAAGAGAACAGGCCUCUUUUAAUUUGUAUAUUACAACACUUAAUUAAAUGUUUGGCACGGUGCUUGUUGACCACACAGGGCAGGUACACGGUACUUGGGCAGGAGGCUGCAGAUUGUUCCUGCAGCCUCCUGGCCAUCUUCACUUGACCAGCCGUGGACAGGGAAAAGGAAGAAGUGGAAAUGUUAAAUCACAACGUUUAACUUGUUUUACAGAUGACAAAUAACAGCUAGUAGGGUUGCAUACAAACUGAGAAAUUGAAAAGACAAGCAGAAUCCAUAUGAGGAGUUUGUUCUGUAGCUUCUUCCUGUAAUGGGAAUGAAUGUUUUUCCAUCUGUUUUAUGGAUUAUUAUUUUUUUAUCUUUUAACAUUUGGAAAUAAAAGUACUUCAUGUCUGUUUAUCUUGAGCAUUUUAAAUGGAUAUCGUGAUUGGAUUUACAUUUGAAACUUGUCGAGUAAUGUGUAUGGUUUUUAAAAAUAAAAAAUGUAUUUAGCCUA